GUCUCAUUUUCUUACAGGUAGAAUCCUCUGAGUGCUCCCAGCCUCUCCCGGGGAGGCGGAACCUGUAGGAUCCUCACGUGAGUCGAAACGCUGGAUUGUAGGCUUGCAAGGGAGCGGCACCUGGGCCUGUGGUCCCCAGAGCCAGGUCUGUUGUGGGAAGAGCUCCCAGGCCCCACCUUCACCGCUGAGGAUGGGCGAGAGGGAGGAGGACGACGAUGAGGAAGCCUGGCUGCAGCUGCGGCCUGUGGAGCCCUUGCCCUCCCAGUGCUGUGGCAGUGGCUGCUCGCCCUGCGUGUUCGACCGCUAUCACCGAGACCUGGCAAGGUGGGAGGCAGCCAGAGCCAGCAAGGACAGGAGCCUGCUGAGUGGGGAGGAGUCACAGAGCUGCUCUUCCAGGCUAAGCCCAGAGACCUUCCUGGCCUUUAGCAUCAGCGCUGUGGAUCGACUCACUAAGGACACACACCGUGUCCGGUUCUCACUGCCCGGAAACAGCCAGCUCGGCCUGCAGCCUGGCCAGCACCUCAUCCUACGGGGCACAGUUGAUGGCUUAGAAAUUCAGAGAGCCUAUACACCUAUCAGCCCUGCCAAUGCAGAAGGGUACUUUGAAGUUUUAAUUAAGAGCUACCAGACUGGGCUGAUGUCCCAGUUUGUCGAGUCCUGGAGAGCAGGAGACACAGCUUUCUGGCGAGGACCUUUUGGAGGCUUCAUUUAUAAACCAAACCAGUAUGGUGAGCUCCUCAUGCUGGCUGCAGGCACAGGCCUGGCCCCCAUGGUGCCCAUCCUGCAGAGCAUCACCGACAACGCAGAUGACGAGACCUUUGUUACCCUGGUUGGCUGCUUCAAGACCUUUGAGGGCAUCUACCUGAAAACCUUCCUCCAAGAGCAGGCCCGCUUCUGGAACGUCCGCACCUUCUUUGUCCUCAGCCAGGAGAACUCCCCAGAGCAGCUUCCCUGGAGUUACCGGGAGAAGACCCGCUUUGGCCGCCUGGCCCGGGCCGGGGUUGAAGAGCUGGUCAGCUCCUGUCGGAGAAAGCCGUUUGCAUUAGUCUGUGGCUCGGCCGAGUUUACCAAAGACAUGGCCAAGUGCUUGCUGUGUGCAGGCCUGGCAGAGGACUCCUACUUCCUCUUCUAGCCCUGGCCUGCCUGCCUUUCCAGGCAUGGCUUCCAGAGCCCACACCAGGGGCCUGCUCUUGGGACACGGGAGGGAGCAUGGGCUGGGAUGAGAAGACAGGGAGUCCAGGCUCUGCUGCUCAUUGACAGGCGACCUUGGGCACCUCCUUUUCUCCUCUACCCACAGAGGGUAACAAGACCCUCCUGGCAUCCUGCUGUGAGGAGAGUGGGGGACAAAGGGGUUGCAGUUGCUUUGAGGAAGAGAGUUAGCUAGCUUGUGAGUCAGGUAGGACUUAAUCAGAAGCAGCAAAGUCCAAGCUGAGCCCCAAGGAUGAAUAGGAGUUGGGUGGGAGAGGGAGUGGGAGGGAUUUCUGGGUCCCUGUAGCACUCUGCAGUGUUUCAGGCCUGCUUUCCCUGGAGACCUUGCCCCUGCUGGAGCAUCAGCUCUGGCUCAGAGUAGGUGCUCAGCAAGUGCUUAGGGAACGGCCAGAAAGCUCUUUGGAGGAGGAACUUGUCUCGUGUGCCUCCAGUACCGUGAGCCUGACACACCGAGUGGCCUUGGGUUCUGCAGCUUGACCACAUUCUCGGGGUGAAGUGGGGCCCCACUUACCUUUAUUUUCUAUUGGCCAGGGCUGAAGACCAGGCUCUCUGUCUUUCCCGCUGCAAACCACUUUGCUCAAGUCUCCCUUUCCUGGCUCAAGAGACCUUUCCCCAGCAGAAGAAGAGGCACGGGCGGAAAACGCCCCUCCCUCCUCUCGCAGGCAGCCAGCUCAGCCGGCACCUUCAGCUCCGGCACCCUGGCGACGGUUGCUAUGGAGAUCUAAAGAUAGAGUAGGAGUCAGGAGACCUGGGUCCUUCUCCCUGCUCUGCCCACUGAGCAGCUGCUGAUUCCGGUCCACCCACCCCUCCCCAGCUCAGCCACCCCCUCCAUCCUGCACAGGGCGUGCCCUCCCCAGGGAGCUGGCCGCUCCUGGGCAGCGCUGUGCAGUUAAUGAAUUCUGCUUUUUGCAGCCUGGGCUCCAGUGUGCCGCACCAGCUCAGGCUGGCUACAGGCAGUCCCAGAAUCAGAAAAUGUUAAGCCAUGGAAUCAUCGAAUCAGAGAACCAUGGAAUCCCAAAGUUAGAAUUCUGCAGUCAAAAUCCCAGUCUUCAUCUUAUCAAAGCUGAAAGAUCAGGACUCCAAAAAGCAUCCAGUCUAACAGAUUCGUAUAAAUGGGGAAACUGAGGCCCAGUGAGGCUAAAUGACUUGCCUAAGGUGAAGUAGUGGCAGAGCCAGCACUGGAAGCCAGGUCCCCUCAUUUCAACCCCAAGCUCAUUCCUCUGCACCAGUGCUUUUCAAACUGGUCUCCAUAGGACACUAGGGUUCCUCAGGUAGAUCUCCAACACACCCACCCCCCCAAACCAAAGCAGUUCUACUUUUAUUCCAUUUGUAUAUUGAGACUUAAAGUAAUUUUCACUUGAAAAAGAGAUUUCUUGCCCCCCCCCCCAAAGUUGGAAAAAUCUUUGUACUGUGCCAUGUUUAAUAAUCACAGUAAACAAGUGGGGGUUGGUGCAGAAGUUUUCAAGCUAUGUUUCACAGGAAGGAUUCCAUGGUCAAAUAGAUGUGAGAGAAUACUGCACGUGACCUUCAAGAAUCACAACGUACAUUAGCCUAUGAAGGCUCUAAUAAGACCGACAGUAAAGAAGGCCGUUUCAUUUUGUUUAACCCAGAGUUUCUCAAGUUAAUUUAAAAGAAGAUGCUUUCCUCCUCAAGAAUCUUCUGAGAUCAGCAUUCCAUGGGAUACGUUGGGAAACGCUAGUCUAUUUCAAAGCCUCUUGUUUUAGCACAGGGUAAUGAAUGGGAAAGGCCUUAGCAGGAACGGUGAACUAUCACUGCCGAGCCCUGUCACUUGGGCAAGACAUUUUCCCUCUCUCGGUGCCUCCAAAAUCUGGGUGUCUUCCACCCUCGCCUCUCCCUCAGUUAGCACGUCCUAUUGAUUCUACAUCUUCUCUCCUCAGAUCCUCCUAGAGAGCCUGUUAUCAGCCAGACUCUGUUUUAGGCACUGAGGAAACAACAGGGAACAAGGCAGAUGCAGUCCUUUCCCUCAGGUAGCUUACAACCUAGCAAGGAAGGCAGAAAUUAAUCUUGUAAUUCUGAAAGGGACGCAUGUUAUAAAAAGGGAAGUGUGGAGCGCUACGAGAGGGGAUGGCCAGGACUCUUAGCCUAGCCGAGGGGAGGGUCAGGGAAGUGCCACCGCCACUGAGGACUGAGGCUUCCAGGCAAUACUCAUAAUUAGGGAUCUUAGGGGUGGAGGGUUGGGGGAUGGCCGUGUAUGUCUUUCUAUGUCCUGGCCCUCUGGUGUUUAGAUCUUAGGGCCACCCAGUGGUAACCUGCAUCCCCUCUCAUGCUAGGUGUUGCUCUCCCCUUCCCUUUACUCCAUAUUGGGUCUGUAGAGUCUGGAUACUGGGGGGUUCUCUCAUCACCGGGCAUUGGUAAGGACCCAGCCAUGCCCCUGGUGCCAGGAUGCCAAAGGGACUCACGUCAUUGGAAACUGGAGAGCUCCUGGCUGGGUGUUGUGCCUCACAAGAUGAUAUGAGAACCCAAGAAGGAGAGAGAAGAGGACUGGCUGGGAUGUGUGAGGACAGACCUCUUUGUAUUGAGAGUGAUCUCGCCUGAUGAUGUCUCUGCUGUAUGUCGUGGGACACAUGCUGGGUGGGAUGGCCACUAUGGAUAUGCUGCGGUGGAGAAGGGAGACUUGGGCUCACCGGACAUUUGAGCUAGACAUGGCAUAGUGUUUUGCCUGCUCCAGGGAUGCCAGGGGCAUCCCGAGAUCAAUAAAGUGUCCAAGAUUCUGCAUGUCCUGAGCAUUCAGGAAGACAACAGCUAAAGGGACUAGGGGACAGAAGCUUAUAGCAAAAACAUCUGCUUUAGUUCACCCCUCAUCAUGUUUAGCCUGCACUAUUUCAGCAGUCCCCUAAUUGGCCUCCCAGCGGCCAGCAUCUCUCCUUCCGUACUGCAGCCCAACUGAUUUUUCUAACAUACACAUCUGAGUCUGUCACUUUCCUGCUUCAAGCCCUUCAGUAGCUCCCUGUUGCCCUCAAGGUAUGGUGUAAACCCCUUAGCCUGGCGUCUCAGCUCUGCUCUCCUCUCCAGACUUAUUUUAUGCUGCCUCCCCUCUCACCCCCAAUUCUUAGGUCCCAGACAUGUUCUCUUGCAUCAGUCCUUUCACAGUUGCUGCUCUCUGUGCCUGGGCCACCUAUCCCCAUGCUCCACUCACCUUUCUUUGCCUCCUCACUUUAGAGGACUCAGCUUGGGUGUCAGUUCCUUUAGGAAGCCUUGUCUGCCUCUUCCAUGCCAGGCUGGAUCAGGGGUCUCUAGUGAGCCUUCUGCUUCCGCACUCAUCAGAGAGUCGCAUUUGUGUGGGAGCACAUCAGGGGCCUGCCGUGGGGCCUAAUCGUAUCCGUAUGCGGGUGGGUGCUAGAGACAUCCCGAAUGUCGAAUGCCUGAAUAAUAAACCCCUUACAUUCUUGGAGUACCUUACAGGUUUUCGUAAUCUUCACCAAAAUACCUGCUAUUUUAUUACCCCAAUUUACUGAUGAAGAAACUAAGCUUUGAGACAUCAAGCAAUCCUCCAAGGUCAUAUAGGAAGAUAUGAAUUCCAACAUAUAAUUGUUUUGAAGGUUAUAUGUGACACAUGAGUGCACCAGGAGACGUGUAUGCGGAUUUUUAUUGCUGCACUGUUGGAAGUCACUAAGAAUAAAAACUACCUACAUGUCCAUCAAUAGGAGAAUGGAAAAAUAAACUGUUCUAUAUUCAUAAGUGGAAUACCAUACAGCAGUUAAAUUGAAUGCACUAGAUUAGAUCUACAUGUUGAUAGACUAAACCCUGAAAACAUAAUAACUGAAUGAAAAGCAAAUCAUUAAAGGAUGGGUACAGUAUAUUUCAAAAGUUUAAAACACACAGAAUAAUGCUAAAUGCUAGGGAAGGAAGGAGACAUACCAACUUCAGGAUGGUCAUGACAUCUGAGGAUAGAGGGGAGGGAAAAGGAUGGGGUGGAGAGGCCCAUACAGUUAGCCAUAUCCGUACUGUUUUGUUACAAAAAUAUCUGAAAUGAGAGUGGCAAGAGAAGAACAUCUGGUAAAUCUGGGUGUGGUAGGUUGAAUUGUGUACCCCAGAAAAAAACAUGUUCUUAAUCCAUCCCUGUGGGUGUGGAGCCAGUAUAAACAGGACUUUCUUGAAGAUGUUAUUAAGUUGUGGCCCAACUGAAUGAAGUUGGGCCUUAAUCCUAUUUCUAGAAGCUUUAUGAAGAGAAAGUCACAUGUAGGAGAAGCCCGAAGUCAGCGGAACCCAGAAGAGAAAGGAGAGGAUGUAGCCAUGUGACAGAAAAGCCAAGGACCAAGGAUCGCCAGCAGCCCG